AUGGCUUGUCCCGAGUUCGUUACUCUGCGUGAUGGAGAGCGUUUCAAUCCAGCUACAUUCACCAAUAUCAUAUUCGUAGAUGAUGCUAGAAUACCACUGGAGAGAAAAUCUGCUAAUUCAUUAGCAGAGUAUCGAAAACAUUUCAAAUCUGACAGUGUUAAACUUGCUACAGCACAAUUCACACCUUUCAAAACUGAGAAUUUGCCUGUUCCUUACAAAUAUACAGAUGAGUAUAACAACUAUACAGAGCCGUCGGCUGCAGACUAUGACGCUAUGAUUGAAUAUGUUUGUGAUGAAGAGGACGGUUUUUGGCUUGAAUUAAUAAAUGAAAAACGAAAAAGGAAGAGGUUAAAGCCAUACACAACGGACGUAGUCGAACAGGUAAUCGAUCGACUGGAGAAGGAGAGCGUUUUUGAGGUAAGAGGACCAAACUCAAUGAUGCCCGGCUCUUCCAUGGACACGGAUGAUGCUUGCUGUAUCUGCGGUGACGGUGACGUCAAUAAUGCCAAUCAAAUUAUUUACUGUGAUAUGUGCAAUAUUGCCGUUCAUCAGGAAUGUUAUGGAGUUCCGUAUAUUCCUGAAGGACAGUGGCUCUGUCGUAGAUGCAAACUCUCUCCAUCCACGUCUGUGAAUUGUUGUUUGUGCCCGAAUUCCGGAGGUGCAUAUAAACAAACAAGUGACGGCCGAUGGGCACAUGUCAUCUGUGCUAUUUGGUUGAAUGAGGUACAUUUUGGGAAUGCAGUUUUUCUUGAACCUAUCGAGGGAGCCGAAAAUUCGUUAAAACGAAGGGCGAAGUUAAAAUGUCUGGUUUGCAGAAAUAAGAUGGGUGCCUGUUUGCAAUGCUCAACUAGAAGUUGUCUCAAAGCCUUUCAUGUUACUUGUGCUCAGCAAUCGGGUAUGUCGAUGCGAGUAACUGCUAAGCCAGACGCUAAUGAUCCUGAUGGUUUGGAUGUUCAAAGAUUCGUCUAUUGCCAUUUACAUACGGAGAAUGAUAGAGAAUGUGGAGGCAAUCCACAUUCUCGUAAGAAGCGAAUGGACGAUGCAAUUCGUAAUGCUAGGCGACAUAUGGCUGUAAAAACCCAUAAUGGGCCCACAGUUAAUAUGCCAAAGAUUACAUUUGAAGCAAUUGAGAAGAUUGCAAAUGCCGUUUGCAUCGAUAUCUCGGAUAUUGUUCAGUUCUGGUAUAUGAAAAGACAGUCUCGAUGUGGGGUUCCUUUGAUCAAAAGGCUUCAGAUUAACCAGAAAGUAUCCAGAGUAUCUAUUUCUCAUGAAGAUAUGGAUGAUGAAGACCGUUAUUUGGCUCAGAGAUAUCAAAAAAUGCGUCGUGGGUUAGAGACUGGUCGUCUGCUUUGUGAACAAAUUAAGAAAAGAGAGAUUCACAAAAGAAAUCAUAUUCUGGCAUCCAGAGAUAUUUAUAAAUACGUCUCAUCUCCUUUAUAUAGCAUCAUCAAUCAUACUAUAAAAGCUCUUCGGCAUAGAGAUAAGAUGAAAGUGUUUUUGGAGCCUGUCCUCAAUGUUCCGGGUUACGAAAGUAUAAUAAAGAAACCUAUGGAUCUGGCUACUAUGCAGAAGAAAGCUGAUGAGUUCCGAUAUGCAAAUAUGAAUGAAUUUAGAAAUGAUUUCAAUCAAAUGAUGGACAAUUGUAGAAAGUUCAACCAUCUGAACAGCUGGUAUUUGAACUAUGGGGAAAAAUUUGACAAAAAUGGUACCCGAAUAAUAAAGUCCGGAAUUUCCACUCUGAAAACUUUUGAAGAAGAUUUCAUGGAUGAUAAGUCGCAAGUGGAAGAUGCUUUAAACUUGAUGUUUUACAAUCAUGUGGAAAUCACAGAUUACGAAAGCAUGAUUGAAAAAGAACUGGAUGCUGGCAAAUUAGGAUAUUAUUUAGAAGGAAAGCGCAGGACGCCUUCUCCUAAACCUGAAAAAAAGGCGACAGCCACUCCAAAAGAUGUAGCAGGGGUGACUGCUAAGAAAGAGGCCGGUAUGGCAACUCCUAAAACGGAAAAGGAAAAGCCUACUACUGCGUCUACCCCGAAAACAGAGAAGCCUGCUAAUACAGUUACUCCUAAAUCGGAGAAGCCUGCAUCUGGGGCAACGCCCAAAACGAAAGAAGCUGCUUUAGCUUCUACUCCAAAAUCCAAAGAGCCAUCAGCUAAUACAACAGUUACUCCGAAGUCGAAGGAACCAAAUGGAACUACGACUCCUAAAGCUUCUAUCUUUGGUGCUGAUCUUCCCAAAUCUAUGACGAAGCGCAAGUGUUCAACACCCGUAGGGAAGAAAAAUAAAAAGAUAAAGAGAGGUUCAACAGAAGGAACCCUCUUUAAACAACCAAGUAUCACUAAAUUUUUCGAGCCUAAUCCUAGCGCAGAAAGAAGAGCUAGUUUACGACAAGUACCAGCUCCGCUUAUGCAGUUCAGAAACAAUGUUACCAGUCCUUUGCCAAGCGAUAUCCCUUCAUCGGAAUCGUCAGCAGAAGAGGAUGAUGUAAGACCACAUCGCAGAAGCGCACGGUUAGGAGGCAACAAUGAUUCCACAAUUCAGUCGAAGGACGAUUGCGACGGAUUUCAGCAUAAUGAUAUUGUUACGGUAAAUGGUUUAGCUGGCAGGGUUAUCGAUCCCAAUCAAGCCUCUUUGGACGAUCAAAUUCCUCUCACUUUGAAAACUGAAUGCCGGACUAAACAGCGUAAAGAUUCCAAAAUUUGUGUCAUGUUGUUCGGCCAAGAAAACAAAUGGGAUUGGUAUCCAGCGCAUGAAAUUCAAUCAGCUAAUAUAUUUGGUAGUUGUGACGGAAUCUCGCCGGGGUCUCUAAGACAAGCACGUCAAUGGCAUCACAACAUAGUUAGUAGUGUUUGA